CGCUUCACUCUUUCUAGAGCUGCUCCUUACGUUUCAGCGCCUGGUACCGCUUCUAUUGCACCAUCUUUCGCUAGGAUCUAGCAGAUUAUUUUGAACCAGCCAUGGCGGAUAAGGCAGUUACCAUUCGUACCAGGAAGUUCAUGACAAACCGCCUCCUUUCCAGGAAGCAAUUUGUCAUUGAUGUUCUUCAUCCAGGAAGGGCUAAUGUUUCAAAGGCCGAGCUUAAGGAGAAGUUGGCCAGAAUGUACGAUGUUAAGGACCCCAACUCAAUCUUUGUCUUCAAGUUCCGGACUCAUUUUGGAGGUGGCAAAUCUACCGGAUUCGGUUUGAUUUACGACUCUGUUGAAAAUGCGAAGAAGUAUGAGCCUAAGUACAGGCUUAUCAGGAAUGGUCUUGACACCAAGGUAGAGAAGUCGAGGAAGCAAUUGAAGGAAAGGAAGAACAGGGCCAAGAAAAUCCGUGGUGUAAAGAAGACCAAGGCCUCAGAAGGUGGCAAGAAGAAGUGAGUUAUUGGGGAAUAUUUGCUAGUCAUGAAGCCAGUAUUCAUUAAUGGAGUUUCUUUAAUAGUAGUUUUGUUUAGUUUUUGAAAUGAAAUCUAUUGGUGUUGUGGAUUUUGGUGCCUCUAAUGUUCACUUAUAUUGUCAGAUUUUGAAAACUCUUCUGAAGACAUUUUUGAAGAAUUGAGUAGUAAUACAUUCCUGUUUAAAAUUA